AUGUCAUCACGGUUUCGAGAUGAAAUCUGCACUUACGCCAAGCUUUCCGUCUAUGCUUCCCCUACUACCACAACCCCCCACUCCCCUCCUUCCCUAUCCCCCUUCUCCCCGUUUCCCCUCCUCUUUCCCCACUCCCCCCCGCCUCUUCCCCCACCCCCCCCAGGGCUGACGUGGUUCCCGCACGCCAGUGCGGACGACGACUGGCUGGAGGAGGCUGCUACGGCCUCGCACGCCUUGCCGCCGGCUCAGGCCGCGAGCAGCAGCGCUGUAUCAGGACACGUGCGAGAGGAGGUCGUCAAGAUCGAGGAGAUCUCCACAGAGAUCGUGACCGUCCAGGAGAUAUCCACCGAGAUCGGGCGGCCAGCUAGAUCCCGCAGAUCAGGGGCAAAAGCUGCACGAGAAGCAGGCCCAGGCGAAGCGGAGAAGGAGAAGAAGAAAGGGAAGAAGGGGAAGAAGGGAGGCAGGUCGAAGCGAGAAGCACAGCCGCCGGAUGAGGCGACUAGCGCGGAUCCCAGGCUGCCUGAACGGGUGCGGCCUGCAGGAAGAGAUGUUGUGGUGCCGCAAACAACAGCGGAAGCACAGACGUCCAGUUCUAGCCCUGCUCCUGCUGCUGAUGGUGCCGGUGCUUCUGGUGGUGCUGGUAGGACUGGGCUUAUAGCUGGAUUGGCAGCAGGGGCAGCAGCAGCAGGCGGAGCUGUAGCAGCAGGGGUGGCAGGUUUGGCUGCGAGGCGAGAAGCCAAGCCUCCAGAAGCAGCAACCAGUGGUGAUGCAAUGGAAGGGGUGGCAGGUUCGGAAGGGGUGCGAGGUUCGGAAGGGGUGGGCGGUUCGGAAGGGAGAGUAGAAGGGCAGUUAUCAGCAGAGGAGAUGAGGGAAGACUCGAGAACGUCAGUGGCAGCCGUGUUAGCUUCGGGGGACACUGCGAGAGACCUUAGUGUUGGCGACUCGGAGUCUGCCGUACAAAGUCUGCCUGAACCAACAACGCAAGCAGCAGGAGCAGCAGAAGCAACAGAGGCAGCGGACGCAGCAGACGCAGGUGAGAGAGGUGAGCUGGCAGAAGCAGGUGCAGCAGGGGAAGCAGGCCCGAGCGGAGCAGCAGUUGCUGCUGCCGCCGGGGUUGGAGCCGGGGCAGCAGUGGCAGGUGCCGUGGUAGGAGGAGCUCUAGGCGCUUCUCUAGGCUCCCGAGAAGUCUCUAGAGACGAUCCCAGGGAGCAGUCCGGUGGGGGGUCGAAACGAGCCACACCUGGGACCCCGCUAGGUGGGAGCUCGCCCGUGUCUGCAAGCGAAGGGGGGAGUAGGCGAGAGGUGAAGGCGAAGCGGAACAGGGUGGGGGAGGGCGCGUUUGCUUCAGGGGAUCAGCAGGAUGGGGUGUUUGGUGGGGAUGAUUCUGGGGGGAGCGGUAGGCAGGGGAGCCAGGGGCGCGGAAGCAUGGGGAGAAGCAGCGGCAGUAGCGGCAGUGGCAGAGAUAGGGAUACGCUCCUGCAGCAGCAGCAGAAGCAGCAGCAGCAGCAGCAGCAGCAGGUGCAGCAGCAGCGGCAGCAGCAGUCGUGGUCGAAACAGCCCCUACCAGGUCAUGUUCCCGGCGCUACUGGUAUGCCCCCCAUGCGCAGCAACAGCGAGCUUCCCCCCCUUCCCCACCGCAGCACCAGCGGCCUUCCCCCCCAGCCCCUCCGCAGUAGCAGCGGCCUUGCUGCCCUCUCCGCGUCCACCAAUAGCAAUCUCCUGCAGCGGGCCGCCACGGGCAGCGGUGACCGCUGGAUCUUCCACUCUGGCGCGGAUCGGGACCAGCUAGUGGAGUCAGAUUCGAGCGAUGACUCGGAGACGAUGAGUGGGCAGCUGGAGGGCGGGUUGGGGGAUUCCUGGGGGAGAGGGCGAGGUGGGGAAGAAGCAGGGUCGUUCAAAGCGGGGAGUUUGGCGAGUCAGGGGUCUAGAGGCGGGGGUAUGAGUCCUGUGUCUGAGAUGGGGGAGCAGCAUGGUGCGGGUAACGUAGCAGGGAGAGCGAGGGGCGGGAUGUGGCACGGGGCUCCUCGGCCUAGCAGUGCUGGCAAGUCUGGGAGAUCACGAUUAGGGAAAAGAUCGCCUAGAGGGUCGUCUCUAGGGGCAGGGAUGCUGGAGCGAGUAGCAGGCGGGACGGCGGAUAGCAGAGGGAGCUUUGGAACAGGUGCGGAGAUCAACAGAGCGAGUAAGAGCAUGCGGGGGUUGCCUGUAGAGGGGUUGGCUAGCGCUGGGGCUAGCGGGGCGUGGAGCUCGUCAGAUGGCGAGGGGAGUGUGCAGACGAGAGGGGCAGCAGGGGCGGCUCAGCCUGUGGUUGUGGGGUUUGUGGGGCCUGCUAGACCGGGUACACCUGUUUCGCUGACCAGGCUUGGGUCUGGGGCUCCUAUGCUGCGCCCUGCUACUUCUGGGGGUUUGUUGCUGGAAGAUGUGGGGAAGUAUGAUGACUGGGUGGUGUAUGAGAGUGAGGGGGAGGAGGAGGAGGUGCAGAGUAGGCUUGCGAGGGGGAGAGGGAGAGGUGUGGUGGAGAAGAGGGUGGUGCAGGAAGGGGGGGUGGCGGGGGUUGUGGAUAAGAAGGAGGCGAGGGAGGGAGGGCAGGCACAGGGUGUAGGAGCAGCAGCGGCAGCGGCAGCGGCAGGGGCAGGGGCAGCGGGGAUGAUGGUUGGGAAUGUGGGGCGGGGGAAGGGGACAGAGAGGGACGUGUGGAGAGCAGGACAGGAGGACUCUGAUAAUUCGGACUCAGAAAUCAAGCAUGAGGCGGGAUGGGGUCUCGCCUCACAGCAGCAGCAGCAGCAGCAGAGUAACGGAUUCAUGUUCAACAGCCAAGGGGAAAUGCCUGGGGGUGGGUUUCACCCAGGGGAGGCUCAACCGGGGGGGGUUCAGCCCCAGCCUGGCGCAAGGCAUGCGCCCCAGCCGCCCACUAGUCCGCGCCCAUCAUCCCCCCGGCCUCUCCCAUUCGCCUCCAGGUCUCGGUCCUCUGCCCCUGCUCCUCACCCACAGCAGCAGCUCCCCCCUCGCCCUGUCGGCCCUCCUAACGCUUCCUCCUCCCUGCAUGGUCCUUCACAGCCCCACCCGUUCUCGUCAGGAACAGCAGGUAAGCCGCGCAUACCCCCCAUCCCCCCAGCUUAUGGUCACUCCCCUGCUUAUGCUGCGCCUGCUGCUGCGUCUGCUGCUGUGCCGGGCUCUGAUCCACACCCGUUCGCCCCGGGUGGUUUUGCUGGAGGUGCUGGAGCUCCUGGAGUGGCAGCAGGGGCUGUGCCUGGGGGGCAGCAACAAGGGCAGCAGCAGUCGUGGGGGGGGUCUGUGGCAGGAUUCUUUGCAGGGGCAAGCGCGUUUGUGUUUGGCGCCAAGCAUGACGGGCACGCAGGGCGGGAGGCAGGGAGGGAGGUGCAGCAAGGAAAGGACUUGAAUCAGGCAGGUGAAGCUGGGCUGGGGUUAAGGGACGGGGAGCAAGGGGGGUCUGGGGCGGCAGGUACAGCAGCUGCAGCAGGUGUAGUAGGUGUAGCGAGUGGGGGCAGUGGCAGUGGCAGCGGCAGUGGCAGUGGUAGUGCUAUGCGGCCUCCUCGCCCUCCAUCCCUUGCUAUCCCUGGAGCAACGGGUAAUGCCACUAGCCCUGGUGCUGGCCGCUACAACACCCAUGCACAGGCAGGAGCAAACGGAGAGGCUUCAGAACGAACAGCAGCAGCUGCUGGUGGUGGUGGUGCUGCUCCUAGUGUGUUUGAGGUAGAGGGCGGGCAUGAGGCUCUUAUGUCUCCCAUUGCCUUCGUUACAGUGUCGCCUGCUAAGAGCACCAGGAGAGGCACCGACGGAGCUGCAUUGCCAGGGGCAGCAGCAGCAGCAGCAGCAGCGGUGCCUGGGAGAGCGGUGGGAGGAGCAGCAGAGAUGGGAGCGAUGAGUCAGCAGCCUGCACAGGGGUACCGGCCUGGGGCAGGGCUUGGUGGGUGGAGUAAAGGGUCUGGUGCUAGAGCCGGUGGGGUUGGUAUAGGGUGGGGGGAGGGGAGUGAGGAGGAGAGUGAAGAGGUGGAGAGUGAGGAGGAGACAGAGGCGACCGAAGAGUUUGAGGAGGAAGAAGAAGAGGAGGAGGAAGAGGAGGAGGAAGAGGAGGAGGAAGAGAUGGAAGAAGAGGAGAUGGAGUAUAGUAGUGAUGAGGAAAGUGAGGACGAAAGUGAGGAGGAAAUUGAAGAGGAGAGUGAGGAGGAGAUUGAACAGGAGAGCGAGGAGGCAACUGAGGAGGAGAGUGAGGAGGCAACCGAGGAGGCAAGUGAGGAGGAAGACGAGGAAGAGGAGGAAGAGGAAAAGGAGGAACGCGAGGAGGAGAGUAUAGGUGCGUGGGUGGGCAGACCGAUACUGGCACAGUCACAAGCGGGCACUCCCACAGGCUAUAGCGGCAUGAAAACCCCAGAUGCAAUCGGAGGCAUCGUGUUUAUUAACGAGUAUGGUGCUGCCCCUCCCUCCCCUGCUCUGGGGGCGAAUUCCGUGGGUACGGGAGGGGGUACUAGUGGGGCCAGCACGCCUUUGGGAAUGGGUGGGGCGAGUGGGGCAAUGGCGGGCAGCAAAUCGCCUGGUGGUAGGCCAGGGGAGGAUGAUGAGCGCGUGUUUGUGGUUUUUAACAAGUCGAGAUUUUCUCCCACUGCUGCUGGCGCUGCUGCUGCUGCUGGCGCUGGUGGUGGUGCUGGUGGUGCUGGUGGGGGUGGCUUGUUGGCUGAUACUCAAGGAUCAGGGACCCUUGUGGUGAGGAUUGAGAGAGGUGUGGAGGAGGAGGGAAGUGAGGAGGACGAGGGGGAGGGUGGUAGUGAGGGGUGGGAUGGAGGGGAGAGUGGGGAGGAGGAUGGGAGUGAGGGUCGGAGUGGGAUGGAAGGAGAGAGUGAGGAGGAUGGGAGUGAGGAGGGGAGUGGGUUUGAUGGGAGUGCUGAGGGGGAGAGUGAGGGGGAGAGUGAAGGGAGUGAAGGGGAGGAGAGUGGGACAGAAGGGAGUGAGAUGAGGGUAGGUAGGGAGGAGGGAGAAGAUGGGGAAUUGAGUGCGGUGGAGAGUGGUGCUUCUGGAGGGAGUGAGGGGAGCGAGGAGGAGAGUGAGGAGGGGAGUGAGGAGGGGAGUGAGGAGGAGAGUGAGGAGGAGAGUGGGAGUGAGGUGGAGAGUGGGAGUGAGGUGGAGAGUGGGAGCGAGAGCGAGGGGACGGAAAGUGGUUCGAGUGAGAGCGAGGGGAGUGAGGAGACAGGGUCAAGCGAUGAUGAGGACGGCACAACUUUGGACGGCACAUGGGACGGCACAAUGGACGGCACAAUGGACGGCACAGUGGGCGGCACACUAGAUGACAGAACGCUGGAUGGGACAGAGGGCAGUGACACUAUGGAGGGGAGUGAGACUAUGGAGGGGAGUGAGACUGCUGGGACGGCAGAUAGGACUCUGACUCUGGAGGGAACUGAUGUUUUGAGCGACAGUGAAAGGGGUGGCAGUAGGAGGGCUAGCAGUGACAGGAGCAGAAGUGAGAGGGAUGGGAGCUCUUAUCAGGGCGAUAGCUUAUCCGAGGGGAGUGAGGAGAGUGAGGGGAGUGAGGAGAGCGAAGUGAGUGAGGGGAGUGAGGGGUCAGAGAGUGUGGAAGAUGGUGAUACUAUGGAUGAUAGUGACAGUAUGGAGGGGAGUGAGGCUGUGAGCAGGAGUGCAGCGAGCAGGAGCAGAGGAGGGUACAGUGACGAUAUUGUGCUUAUAGAGGUGGUGACUGUAACGGGGUCUAGAACCAGUGGGACCCGGGAGGAUUUGUCGAGUGUGCGAGGGAUGAGCGAGAUUGGGAGUGAGAUGGGGAGGAGUGAGAUAAGUAGGAGGAAGAGAGCGGGGAGUGAGAGUAGGGGGAGUGAUACAGAGGGGACAGAGACGGAGGGGAGCGAGACGGGCAUGAGUGGGAGUGAGGCGAGUGGGAGUGAGGCGAGUGGGAGCGAGGAGAGCGGGAGUGAGGAGAGUGGUAGUGGGGGGAGCAGCAGGAGUGGAAGUGAUGAGAGUGAGGGGAGUGAGAGUGAGGGUAGUGAGAGUGAGGGUGAUGAGAGUGCGAGUCACAGCCCAGCAGCGACUGGGGAGUCAGCAUCGCAGGCUUCCAGGUCAGCAUCAGAUGCUUCCGGAGGAGCGGGAGCGAGCAAAAGCGGGACUGCUGCAAGCCGCAGCCCGACUGAUGCAAGCCAGUCACCUGGCACAGAAUCGUCUCUUGUCGAAUCACUCAGUAAGGGGUCGUCGGGAAGCCAGUCUCGGUUGGGAAGCAAGAGUGGGUCUCAAGCUAGUAGUGGGUCGCACACUAGCGGGUCGCAAGGUAGCAAGUCUGUGAGGAGCAAGUCAGAGGGAAGCGAAUCGGAGAAGAGCGAUUCGGAAUACGAGGGUGAGGGUGAGGGGUCUGAGGAGGAGGAAGGUGAGGGAUUCAGCAAGAAGAGCAGUGAGAGGUACAGCGGUAGUGGCAGUGGGAGCGAGGGGAGUAAAGAGAGUGAGAGUGUAAGGAGUGCGAAUGGUGCUGCUGUUGGUGUUCCUAGUGUUACUGCUAGUGGUGCUGCUAGUCCCAGCCAUGAGCUUUGGACGCCGACAGGUGGCGCUGCGUCAUUGGCGGCAGGUGCGAUGCGGUCACCAGGGGGGGAGGGGUGGAAGAGGCCACUCACUGUGAAGGUGGGGGGGAGUUCGCAAGAGCCCAGUUCUGAGGAAGAGGAGGAGGAGGAAGAGGAAGAGGAGGAAGCGGAAGGUGAGGAAGAGAGUGAGGGUGUUACUGCCACUGAGGAGGAGGAGGGAACCUCGAUUGAGGAGGAUGAGGAUGAAGAGGAGGAGGAGGAGCAGGAGGAGAGUGUUUUUACGGAGGAUAGGAGCUCAGAGGGAGAAGGGAGUAUAGAGAGCGACAGGAGGUCAGAUAGUGAGAGGGGCUCAGAAGGGGAAGAGGGCGAAGAGGAGGAGCAGGAGGAGAGUGUGUUCACAGAUGACAGGAGCUCAGCAGCAGCGCGGAGGAGUGACAGGAGUGUAGAAAGUGACGGGGAAUCAGAAGGUGACGGGAGUUUAGAAGGGGACAGGUCAGACGAGGAUGGGAUGUCAGAGGGAGAAGGGAGGUCAGAGGGAGAGGAGGAUACGGAGGAGGAAGGAGGGGAGAGUGUAGGGAGCGAGGAGGAGGAGAGGGUGGCGAAGAUGCUUCGAGCAGAGAGCAAGAGGCGGUUUGAUGCGGUGCUGGGGCAGCUGAAGGGGCAGCUGAAGGUUCUGCUGAAGCAGGAUUCACAGGGGAGCGGGCAGUCUGAAGGCAGUGAGGGGCUUGGGGAGGGGAGUGAGGAGGGGAGUGAGGAGGGGAGUGAGAGAUUUGGGGGGUCUGAUAGGAGUGGAGUGAGUGUGGGAGAUGGGAGGAGAGAGGAGGAGAGUGGUGAGGGUGAGGAGUAUGAGUCAGCGAGUGAGAGAGAGGGAGAGUCGCAAGAGGAGGAUGCGUAUGGUUCCAGAAGUGCGAGUGACAGAGAGAGUGAGGGUGAGAGGGAGAGUGAGAGUGGGAGGGAGAGUGAGAGCGAAGGAGGAAGGCAAGAGGAGGAGGAUGAGGAGUGGGUGGAGGAAAAAGCAAGAGAUUCGGUUAGGAGUGGUUCGGAGGAAGCCUGGGUGCACGGCAGUGAGGAGGAGCAGGGUGACUCAGAAGAAGGGGAGGAGGAGGGGGAAGGGGAAAGGGAAGAGGAGGAGGAGGGGGAGGGGCAAAGGGAAGAGGAGGAGGAGUACGGUUUCUCAUCAGAAGAUGAAGCUUCUGCUGCUGUGCCCGCUGCUGCAAGGUUCCACCACCCGCAGCCGCCCACCACGCCCUCUCUGCAGCCGUCCCCGCCGUCCCUCGCCUUGCGCCGCUCCUUCAAGCGCCCCCAGCCCCUGCGCCCCUCCUCCGCCUCGCCCCUCUCCCCCCACCCCUUCGCUCAAGCGUCUGGUUCUGCUGCCACCACGCCACAGAGCGCAGGAGGGUCGUCUGGAGGUUCCACUCCCCACAGUGCUGCCGCUGUUGCCACUGAUGCGUCUGGUAUGGCUGGCCCUCGCCCUGCAGGUGAGUUUCCCUCUCCCCUUUACCGCCCUUCAUCCCCUGCUUCUGCUUCUGCUGCGUUUGCUUCUUCUGCUCCUGGAGCGUCUGUGUCUGGUACGCCUGUGCUUGCUGUCGCACCUGCACGUGCUUUGCCUGGCGUUGCUGCCUCUGCUGCUCCUCUUGCGCCUGCUGCUUCCCCUGGUGCCGCUCCUUCUGCUGUCUCCGUUGUUGCCCCUCCUUCUGCUGCCUUGGCUGUUGCCCCUCCUGCUGCCUCUGCUGCUGUUCCCUUGUCCGCAGAAUCGUCUCCCCUUCCCUUGUCCCACCCCCCUGAACCCAUUCCCACUGUUCUCCACCCAUUGGACCCACGUGCACAUCCGGUUUCCGCGGCUCCCCACACCAAAGUUGCUGCUAGCGGCCAUGCAACACCCCCUCAUCGUUCCCACCCUACUGCUUCUCCCCCUCCCCCAGUCCUCCAUCCACUGGACCCAAGAGCGCAGCAGCAGCUGCCAGCACAGGCCAAGGCUGGUGCGGAUGGGAAAGGCAAGUAUGGUGCAGCGUUGGUCCCUCCCGCCUUAGCGCCCGGUGGUGCAGGCAGCUCGCAGGGGUCCAGCCGGCCCGAGUCAAGGGAGUCAACAGAGUCAACGAGGGCGAAUGAGUCACCGCUGGAGAAGGGAAAGGGUGGGGGGAGGGCGGUCACCGUGACUGCGGGUGGGGCGGAUUGGAGCGGGAAACCGCGCGCGCUGCUGCUCUGUUCGCGAGCCCGCGCGCGGCGCUGUUUGCUCGCCGCGAAAUCCACGCCGCGAGCUCUGCGCCUGCUCGCUGCUGUAAUCGCAUUUCGAGCGCCACUUCUGGGAGCGCCGAAAACGAAGCGCCGCUGA